AUGAGCCUUAAUCGUCAAAAUGGUACACAAUCCGGUGGUGUGGAUGAUGCGGCGAAACCUGCGUUGCAGGGCUUACAAUUACCCCAAAAUGCGGCCAUGGAGUCUAUUCCUCGGCCGCCAUCAAUGCUGGGUCAAGCGAGAAACAAGGUUGCCGAGCCGGUUGUUGCCGCAUUCAUGGCCGGUGGAGUGGCUGGCGCAGUCUCCCGGACCAUUGUAUCACCACUGGAGCGCUUGAAAAUCCUCCUGCAAAUCCAAAGCGUGGGACGUGAAGAAUACAAACUCUCCAUAUGGAAGGCCCUAGGGAAAAUGGGCCGAGAGGAAGGCUGGCGAGGGUUCAUGCGCGGUAAUGGAACGAAUUGUAUUCGUAUCAUCCCCUACUCUGCGGUCCAAUUUGGAAGCUAUAAUUUCUACAAGAAAUUCGCUGAGUCUCCUGAUGGUGAUAUGUCACCGGCUCGCCGCCUCCUAUGCGGUGCUGCUGCUGGCAUAACGUCCGUGACUUCUACCUACCCUUUGGACAUUGUUCGCACGCGACUUUCCAUCCAGUCUGCUUCGUUUGCCGACCUUGGAAACCGAGACCCCGCCCAGAAACUGCCAGGCAUGUUCACCACCAUGGUGUCAAUUUACAAGAAUGAGGGUGGCACAAUCGCCCUCUAUCGUGGCAUUGCGCCUACCGUUGUUGGAGUAGCGCCUUACGUGGGGCUGAACUUCAUGACCUACGAAUCGGUGCGAACAUAUUUGACACCAGAUGGAGAAAAGAACCCAAGCCCGUGGCGGAAGCUGCUGGCCGGUGCAAUCUCCGGGGCAGUGGCCCAAACAUGCACAUAUCCCUUUGACGUUCUGCGACGACGCUUCCAAAUCAACACCAUGUCCGGAAUGGGGUAUCAGUAUAAAUCGAUCUGGGAUGCCAUACGAGUGAUUGUGGCACAGGAGGGCUUGCGGGGACUCUUCAAAGGGAUUGGGCCAAAUCUCCUGAAAGUCGCACCCAGCAUGGCCAGCAGCUGGCUCAGCUUUGAAUUGACGCGGGAUUUCCUUGUCAGUCUCGGGGAUAAGGAUAAGGAUUAG